AUGUCGCUGCUCGCGGUCUUGCUGCUGGCUCUCACCGCACAGGCCGCUGCGGACGCAGCGCCGAAGCCGGGCACGCCCAAGAUGCCAGCCGUACCCAAACUGCAGAUCAAGGCGUCGCCCGCCCCCGCCGCGGCGCCCUCCAAGGCAGCCCCUGCGCCCGCGAAGCCCGUAACACCUGCCCAGCCCUCCGGCAACCCGCCGCGCCUCGUGCCCGAGGCGGCGCCGGCGGGCGUCUGGCGCUACACCCUCAGGGUGACUGCUGGCGUCGUGGCGCCAGACUGCGGCGGCACGCGCAAGGCCCUUCUCAUCAACAACAUGUUCCAGCCCACUAUGGAGGUCGCCAGCGGAGACACACUGGAGGUCAUGGUCACCAACAACAUCCCAAGCGAUUGGGUGGACAUUACUAACAAUGGCAGCAUCUCCAUCCACUGGCACGGCUUCCACCUGAUUGGCAACCCUUGGUAUGACGGCACCGCGUACAUCGCCCAGUGCCCCAUCCCGCGGGGGCAGUCCUUCCUCUACCGUUUCCAGGUCAACGAGCCCGAGGGGUGA